AUGCCAAUCGAUCUGAAACGAAAAGGCGAUGACUCGUCCGGAGAAGAAAACCAACAUCUGAGAAAGAAGAAGCAGAAGAAAAACACGACAGAUGAAGACAACCCCUCAUACCCUCCCGAGGCCGACGAGAAAGUCUCAAAGCUGGUCUCGAAUAUUCUUGUGUCCAUCUACUUUGACGUUAAUUAUGUUUCUAUUAUCCACAACGUUAUUAAAUGGAGCCCCAUGCCUUCAACUUUGACGUACUAUCGGUUGCAGUACCGGGAAGGCACUACCCUCCUUGACAAGGCUGUUGCUAAGAUCCUGCACUUAGUAGGUGACCAGUACGCGGAGCCCCGUGAGCCCACAAGGCUCCUUAGCCGUCUCGAGCGGUUCGUGAAUGAAUUGGGCUGGAAGAUCUUUGCCAUUUGUUUGCUUUCAGAGGGGUUCCGAAGGGCCUGUCGAGAAACAGUCUAUGGAACCAUUUGGAGCGCGCUCAUCGCAAAAGUCAAAGAGAAUUCCUGGAGCCUGGAGGUCUAUGCUCGCUCGCGCAAUCUUGACUGGCGUGGCCUCUUGCUUAAGUUCGCGCACAUUGGUGUGCCAGGUCUUUCCAAUGAUCUUAAACCAGCCCGUAAGAUGUGGGACAAGCACCCUCACCACACAGUCCAGGACUUCGGGAAUAAAGUAAAGAGAGCGAGAUAUGAAGAGAAGGCUCAAGUCCACAUCGACCAGAGUACGUUCGACCCCCAUAAGUGGGACGAGAUGAAGGAAGACCCGACUCUCCGCAAGGCACAAGAUGGACAAUGCUCUCUUUGCUUUUCCAAGAAGAAUUGCAGGUGCACCCUGGAUCCUUGGGCAGGAAGUCUAGUUGAGCUAGUUCAGCGGCCAAUAACAGGAGUGGGAGUGCGCGCGUUGACCAAUUUCAAGAAGGGAGAUAUCCUAGGGCAAUUUGCCGGUGAGAUUUGCCCUCCCGACUAUGCGGAGGAUAAGGUCUAUUCGCUCGCUCAGACGGCCAAGGGUAACCCGACUAUUAUCGCUACUAUCUCGCCCCGUCAAUUUGGAAACUGGACUCGCUAUAUUGCUCAUUCUUGCAAGGCGUCGACUUGGUUCUUCUCCAGGACGGUUGGGGAUCGGACUAUGGUGACGGUGGAGGCGAUUCGGGAUAUUGCCGCCUUCGAGGAUAUUACCGUCGACUAUGGGGAGGGCUAUUGGAUUGGUCGGGAAUGUAUGUGUGGAGAGGCUUGCUGUGUAAGUAAGGACAAAACUGAGGGGGGGAGCUCUACGGAUUAG